AUGACGCUCACGCAGAACUGGCCUCGGCUGUUCGGCCGCGCGGACGUCCUGGCGACCGCGCUGUCGCUCAGCAAGCGUUUGUUCGCGCUGCACUGGGACGGACGGCAGCUGCGAUUGCUUCGGCUCGGCGCCGUGAACGAGAUUCGCGUCAAACGCGCAGCGGCUGACGCGUGGAACGACGACCACCCCGGCGAGCUCGUGCGCGUCGACGAGUGGGUCGUCGUGAGACUCGGGGACGUCUUAGAGCUCGCGCCCGGCUUGACGUACGAAGUAUCGGACGCGACGAUCGCCAGCGUGGACGCGCCGGUCGACGCGCCGACGUUCGAGUGGUGGAAACGCCAGAGAGCGAUGGAGGAGAAGCGCAAGACGCAGCUCGUCGUGAAGCUCGCGAGGACGGAGGACAUGGACACGCAGGAAGACGUCUCCGCGAUCGCCGCGUCCGCCGCGGCGGCGGCGCCGCCGCCGCCGCACGCGCUCACGGCGACCGGGAAGCCGGACGGCCGGCGUCGAUGCGGCGCGUGCGCGGGGUGCGCCUCGAAGGGCGGGCGGUGCGACGUGCUCAGCAAGAGGUGGCACGCGAACCAGGCGAAGAGGCGGCGCGCGGAGGCGGCGUAUCUCGCGGCGAGAAAAGCCGCGCGGGAGUCGCAGCGCGGCGGCGGCGACGACGAUGACGACGACGAAUCAGGGAACGCCACGUCGGAGGAGGAGGGAGGCGAGGCCGUGGAGGUCGGCGGCGGCGACGCGGACGAGCCCGAGGCGGAGGCCGCGGCGGCGGCGAGAGCGGCCGCCGCGCUCAGCGCGAGACGCCGGCGCGAAGACACCCAAAACUCCGACGGCGGCGGCGGCGGCGGCGGCGAAAGCGGCGGCGGCGGCGGCGGCGGCGGCGGCGAAAGCGGCGGCGGCGGCGACGACGACGCGUCUCUGACGUUUCGCGGAGAGAAGACGUACGUCGACGCGGUCGUCGCGAUUGAGGAGAAGGAGCGCGCGGCGGCGACGGUCGCGGCGUGCGCGGUGUUGAAGCAGCGGCUCCUCGGCGGCCCUCGGCGGCUGCUGCCUCCGCGCGGAUUCGCGGACUCGGACGACGGCUCGGACGACUCGGACGACGACGCGUCCGACGCGGGCGUCGACGCGCGGCACGACUGGCCGCCGCGGCACGCGACCGCGUCCGCGUGGCGCGCGCAGAGAAACCUCGUCUACGCGGAGGAGACGUCCGCGGCGAUCGACGCGAUCGUGACGCGGUUGGUCGAGCGCGUCGCGAGCGCCGUCGAAGGGUCGCCGCCGCCGCUUAACGUCGACGCCGCCGACGACGACGUCGACAGCUUCCACACCCCGUGCGGCGGGGACGUCUUCGGGGGACGCGCGACUAGGCCGAUGAACUACAGCGACCCGUGGAGCGUGAACGACGCGGGGGAGUCGGACCAAGAGAGCGGAUUUUUAUCGUCGCUCGUCGGCGUCGGCGAAGCGAACGCGACGACGGCGACGAAGACGAAACCGGCGGAGCUACCCGAAACGUCCCCGCCGCCCGCGCCGAGAUGGCGCGCGACGCCGGAGCAGCGCGCGCGCCUCGACGAGCUCUUCGAGACGGACGACGCGGUGCCGAAGGAGGAGCGAAAGUCGGAAAUAACGCGCGAGCUCCGCGCGUUCGGUCCGAUCGAGGAACGCAACGUCCACUUCUGGUUCGCGAACAGACGGAGGGAAAAAAAAAAGAAGGCGCGCGACGCGGAGGCGGCGGCGGCGGGCGCGGGUGUGGGGGGGACGGCGGGGGAGGCGGUCGACGCCCCCAUCGAGAUCGACGACUAA